GUAAAGUCAUAAUAUGCUUAGACUUUGGUCCAUGGAUGGAGAUCCUCUUCGCCAGGUUCCUGAGUGAUAACUCGCCUUACGCGGCUUCCUAAGCCUCAAUGUGAUUGACACCCUGCCUGGAAUUAGCCCCUGGCAGCUCCAUGCGGUGGGCCGGACUACUUACUGGAAAUUAUUGAGAUUGUUCAUAUAUAGCCUGGUUCUCAAGUUCUAUACCGAGGGGUUCAAUCCUAGCACCCACCCCCUCGUUCAUAGAGUGUUCCUCCAUUCUCCAAGUUGUACAGCCUGGGGUCAUCACCACCCAUAUCCAGCUCCCAUGUCGUCGCUAACAAGGCUCGCCGUAGCUCUGGCUGCAUGGCUCCUUGUUCCCUCGGCCAGUUGCAAAGCAUGUCCCCCUCUAGGCCCUGUCCUCCCGCCCCCCCAGGCUCCAAGUCGCAGUGAAGCUGUCAAGAGCGCCGUCCAAAACCUCGCGUCCGGUCUCGACGCCCAGUUCACGUCCAAGUUCAAGGCCACCGGUCUCUCCAUUGGUGUCAAGUCCAUACAUGAGGAUGAGCAACUCUUCAGCUAUCACUUCACGCCGCCUGUCCUAUCGGGCCUAGGCGGCAGCGCCUCCAUUGAUGAGAACACCAUCUACAGAGUCGGAAGCCUGUCCAAGAUGUUCCCGGCGCUCGCCGCGCUUCAGAGCAGCUCCAUCAACAUGGAUGACUCGGUCCUGAAGUACAUCCCCGAGUUGCGAAACGCAACGGGAACCGACCCCACAAACACGAGUCCCUGGGAAGAUAUCACUGUUGGCUCCUUGGCAAACCAUCUCUCGGGUCUUGCCACAGACACUGCCAUGGACCUGGCCAUCUUCCCCGCUCCCUGGACGGAUAUGGGCCUGCCAAAUAUCGCCAAAGGCACCGGCCCUGAGUGCUCCGGACUUCCCGGCACAAAGGCCUGCACGAGGCAAAACCUGAUCAACGACCUCAAGCGUCGACCCCCGGUAUACCUUCCCUACACCAGUCCCGUCUACUCCAACGUCGGAUUUGCCAUACUCGCCUUGGUCAUUGAAGCAGCCACCGGAAAACCGUUUGAGGACGUCAUCCGGACGGGCAUUUACGACGUCGUUGGCAUGGAGAGCACGUCUUUCGAUGGUCCCGUGAAAGCGUUUUUGGAAAGGGGGUUUGUUCCCAUGGGAGAACCCACCUGGAAUGUGACCUUGGGUGUUUUCGAGGCUGCCGGAGGUAUGUUCUCUAACACCGUCGACCUACUGGCCUUUGCCGAAGGGAUCCUCACCAACUCGUUCCUCUCUCCCCGCCGAACCCGCCAGUGGCUCAAGCCGGACACUCAUACCUCGUCCUGGGGAAGCUCCGUCGGCGCCCCGUGGGAGAUUCUUCGAUCGGACACAAUCACGGCGGAUGGCCGCCUGAUCGACGUGUUUACCAAGAGCGGGGAUCUAGGCCUCUACCACGCCUACCUGGCGCUAAUUCCCGACUACGAUAUCGUCAUCUCCAUCCUCACGGGUGGGGUCGAGGUGUCCACCGACCAGUACGCCAACACCAAGAUCUUCAGCGCCGUGGUCGAGGCUCUGAUUCCCGCUGUUGAACAAGCCGGCAGGGAGGAGGCUUCCUCCGCCGGUGGCCUCGUGGGCACCUACACGGACACGUCUACCGGCUCCAGCAUCACCCUGGAGCUGGACGCCGGCCCGGGGCUCCUCAUCACCAACUUCACGGUCCGCGGCUUCGAUGUGCUCAACCACGCCACCCAGUACAGCCUCAGCUCCGGGACUUCCUCAACUGAUGACGUCUUCAUCGAGGGACGGAUGUACCCAACCAACCUGGUCGCCAAGCAGAGCGGCGACAACCAGACCGAGCGGACAGCCUGGCGUACCGUGUUUGACACAAUGACGGAGGAGGAAAAGACGGAACUGGAGGGGCAGUUGUUCUUCAAGAACGGGAGCUGUCUGUCGUGGUUCGAACUGGACCGCGCGGCGUAUAAUUUCCUGAGCCUGUGGGAUUUUGUAUUUGUCAGGGGAGCGGAUGGACGGAUCAAGGCGAUCCAGAAUCCCGCCUUCAAUGUCACAAUGACCAAGGUUAGUAAAUGUCACAAAGGCUGAGGUUAGUAACGCUAUUAAGGGUGUCCCUCACAGGGGGCCCUGUCUGGGGCGCGUGCGUCUUUUGUUCUCUGUCAGCAUUGGGACUGUGCUAAUAUUGGUCAAAUGUGCUUUAGAGGGGGUAACUUUGAUAUACUGUACCAUAGUUUCGAAGAGUUCUUAGAUUUCUAGAGUCUCACUCAAGUAUCGCAUAG